GGUGACAGGAAGCUGGCCGCCUCGCCUACUGCCUGCCAGAGUCUGUGAUACUGACUUUGUCUUGGGCAGGUGUGCAGGCAAAGGAUGGAGUGACUGUGCUGAGGAGCCCCUUACUCUCAGCUCCACAGGAGCCAGCAUGAGUUCGGAGUCUGAGCUGCUGUGGCCAGGAGCUGCACUGCUGCUGCUGUUGGGGACCACAGCCGGACUGUGUGUACGCUGCUCCCGCCCAGGGGCAAAGAAGCCAGAGACGAUCUACGAACAGAGGAGCCAGCAAGAAAAUGAACAGAACUUUGCUGUGGCACGGACCUACUCCUUGGUUCAACAGGUAUGGCCAGGACCCCUGAUGGACACAGCCUCUGACGUGUCACCUGCAAGGAAAGACAAGCUGUUGCUGUUUUCCCACCUCGAGGGUCCUGAAUCCCCCAGGUACCAGAACUUCUGCAAAGGAAGCAGACAUGAUCCAGAUGCUGCCUAUGUAGACCCCAUCCCCAUAGACUACUACAACUGGGGACGUUUCCAGAAGCCUCCAGAAGAUGAUGACUCCAACUCCUAUGAAAACGUGCUCAUCUGCAAGCCUAGCACCCCCGAGUCAGGUGGUGAGGACUCUGAGGAUUACCAGAAUUCAGCAUCCAUUCAUCAGUGGCAAGAGUCCAGGAGGGCUACAGGUGUACAGUCAUCCCCAGUGGGAAGCCCGGACGAUGACUCUGGGGAGGCGGACUAUGUGAACGGGGAUGUGGCCGCAGCUGGGAAAGUCUAGAGGAGACGAAGGAAGGGCCUGAGGGAAUCAUGAGCUCAGGAAGAGUUCGCUGCCUCCUGAAGAUCGUUUUCCAGUGAUGCUCAACCUUCAGACUUGCUAUGGCUGCUCCCGGCAGGGACACUGACAUCUGGAGGACAGCUUGGGAACUGCACUGGGAAGCACUGGGACUGCAGCCCUCAAACCAUGACCCAGGCUUCCUGUGGGCAGAGCAAGGGGCCUGGUGACACCUGGCUCUGCUGUGAUUGGAGGGCCAGGAUUCAGGUCAAGCUGCAUCCCUGCCCCAUCCCCAUAUCUAAAACAUUGUACAACAGUGGUAUUUGUGUUCUGUUUUAAUUUUGAGACAGGGUCUCCUUA